CAGCCAGCCAACGGGUCCCGGGGGAGUCCCAGGGGGUCCCCGGAAGGCGUGCCGCGGAGUCCCCAGCGCAACACCGCAAAAGCUCUCGCCACGCGGCUACCUGGGGGCGGAAGGACAGGGGGCUUCUAGUAGGUGGGGCUUGGCAGGCAUCCAAUGAGAUGCAGCGGGCGGGAGCCAGACAAUCCCCCAAAAAGGGCGCGCUGUGCGCGGGGCAUUUAAGAACGUCGGGCUGCAAGUCCAUCCGUUUGCCCCUCUAGUCUGUGACUCGCCUCUGUAGAGUCACGUCCGCCUCACCUCAGCCAUGCUCUCUGUCCGCGUCCCUCUCGCCCCCAUCGGAGACAAGCAGCUAAAGCUCUCGCCGCUGAAGGGGCUCAGCCUGGCGGACAAGGAGAACACGCCCCCGGCCCUGAGCGCGACCCGCGUCCUGGCCAGCAAGACCGCGAGGAGGAUCUUACAGGAGUCCCCGGAGCCUAAAACUAGAAUCCCUGCCCCCAGAGUGCAGGAUGAACCACUGCUCAGAGAAAACCCCCGCCGCUUUGUCAUCUUUCCUAUCGAAUACCAUGACAUUUGGCAAAUGUAUAAGAAAGCGGAGGCGUCUUUUUGGACGGCUGAGGAGGUGGAUCUUUCUAAGGACAUUCAGCACUGGGAAACCUUGAAGCCUGAAGAGAGAUACUUCAUAUCACAUGUUCUGGCUUUUUUUGCAGCAAGUGAUGGCAUCGUAAAUGAAAACUUGGUGGAGCGAUUUAGCCAAGAAGUUCAGAUUACAGAGGCCCGCUGUUUCUAUGGCUUCCAAAUUGCCAUGGAAAACAUUCAUUCUGAAAUGUAUAGUCUCCUUAUUGACACUUACAUUAAAGAUUCCCAGGAAAGGGAAUUUCUCUUCAAUGCUAUUGAAACAAUGCCUUGUGUCAAGAAGAAGGCCGAUUGGGCCCUGCGUUGGAUUGGGGACAAAGAAGCUACCUAUGGAGAACGUGUUGUAGCCUUUGCUGCAGUGGAAGGAAUCUUCUUUUCUGGUUCUUUUGCAUCAAUAUUCUGGCUCAAGAAACGAGGACUGAUGCCUGGCCUCACAUUUUCCAAUGAACUUAUUAGCAGAGAUGAGGGUUUACACUGUGACUUUGCCUGCCUGAUGUUCAAACACCUGGUACACAAACCGUCAGAGCAGAGAGUAGAAGAAAUAAUUAUCAAUGCUGUUAGGAUAGAACAGGAGUUCCUCACUGAGGCCUUGCCUGUGAAGCUCAUUGGGAUGAAUUGCACAUUAAUGAAGCAGUACAUUGAGUUUGUGGCAGACAGACUUAUGCUGGAACUGGGUUUCAACAAGGUUUUCAGAGUAGAAAAUCCAUUUGACUUUAUGGAGAAUAUUUCACUGGAAGGAAAGACUAACUUCUUUGAGAAGAGAGUAGGCGAAUAUCAGAGGAUGGGAGUGAUGUCAAGUCCAACAGAGAAUUCUUUUACCUUGGAUGCUGACUUCUAAAUGAACUUCUAAAUGUUACUGUGCUGAUUUUUGUUCUUAUCCCCCCAAAAUCAGCUCAAAUGUAUUAACCAGCUACACCAGGGUAGCUAUCUCAAAAUCCAUUCUAUUAACAUUAAUAAUGGAGUGACUGCCACUCCUUUUUGGGGCUGUUUGGGGGAGUUAGUCUCACUCUGUAGCCCUGGCUGGAGUGCUGUGAUAGCAGCCUACUUACAGCAACCUCAAACUCAUGAGGUCAAGCAGUCCUCCUACCUCAGCAGCUGCUACAAGGCCUGCCUAACUUUUUUCUUAUUUCUUUUUCUUUUUCUUUUCUUUCUUUUUGAGACAGUCUCACUGUGUCACCCUGUAGAGUGCUGUGGCAUCAUAGCUCACAGCAACCUCAAACUCAUGGGCUUAAGUGAUUCUCUUGCCUCAACCUCCCAGUAGCUGGGACUAUAGGUGCCCACCACAAUGCCCGGGUAUUUUUUUGUUGCAACUGGCCCUGGCCAGGUUCUAACCUGCCAGUCUCAGUGUAUGUGGCUGGUGCCAUAACCACUGUGGUAUGGGUGCCAAGCUCUUUGGUUUUUUUUUUUGAGACAGAGCCUCAAGCUAUCGCCUUGAUAGAGUGCUGUAGUGUCACAGCUCACAGAAACCUCAAACUCCUCAAGCAAUUCUCUUGCCUCAGCCUCCCGAGUAGCUGAGACUACAGGCUCCUGCCACAAAGCCUGGCUAUUUUUUUUGUUUUUGUGAGACAGAGCCUCAAGCUGUAGCUUGAGGUAGAAUGCUGUGGUAUCACAGCUCACAGCAACCUCCAACUCCUGGGCUCAAGCGAGUCUACUGCCUUCACCUCCUAAGUAGCUGGGAUUACAGGUGCCCGCCACAACGCCUGCCCGGAUAUAUAUAUAUAUAUUUUUUUUAAUAAAUCCACGAUACUGAGGACAUGUGCAGGUGCUCAGGUGCAUGUGGCUGGUGCCAUAGCUGCUUGAGCCACAGGUGCCAAGCCUUUUUUUUUUUUAAAUUAGAGAUAGGUCUCGCUCUUGCUUAAGCUGGUCUCCUGAGUUCAAGCCAUUCUGCUUCAGUUUCCCACAGUGCUAGGAUUACAGGUGUGAGCCGCGGCACCUGGCUGCUAUCACUACCUUUAAGAUAAAAAUUGUUCUGAUUUUGCAAGCAGGCUGAAUUCAUGUCAUCGUAUCAAUAACAUGGCAACCUUGGCCUUACUUAUAGGGAGGGAACCCCUAGUGAGUUUGGCCUUGGAAUGGCCGGAUUACACAUUCAUUAGCUUAUUGCCACAUGGCAGUUGAAAGCUUCAAACCAGAAUGUUGAAAAGUUUACUUGUUUGUAUAUAAAAUCUGCUUCAAACCAGAUGUUGAAAAGUUUACUUGUUUGUAUAUAAAACUUGCACUUUACAAACAUAACAUUGUUUGUACUGUCACAGUAAUAGCCAAAUUUAUUUGGUUCCUACACCAAAUGCAGUAUUAUUUUUACUACUAAAAGGAGCCAAGUUAUUAAAACAAAUUAAACAUAGCUAGGCAUGGUGGCUCACGCAUGUAAUCCCAACACUGUGGGAGGCUGAGGCAGGAAGAUUGUUUGAGCUUCAGGAGUGAGACCCCCAACUCAUGAAAAAAAAUUGAAAAACCCAGCAGGGGCUUGGCGCCUGUGGCUCAAGCGGCUAAGGCGCCAGCCACAUGCACCUGAGCUGGCGGGUUCAAAUCCAGCCUGGGCCCGCCAAACAACAGUGAUGGCUGCAACUAAAAAAUAGCCGGGCAUUGUGGCAGGCACCUGUAGUCCCAGCUACUUGGGAGGCAGACACAGGACACUCGCUUGAGCCCAGGAGUUGGAGAUUACUGUAAGCUGUGAUGCUACGGCAUUCUACCCAGGGUGACAGUGUGAGGCUCUGUCUCAAAAAAAAAAAAGAAAAGUAAAACCUAGCCAGGCACUGUCCGAGCACCUAUAAUCACAAUUGAGGUACAUUGAGAGGCUGAGGCAGCGGGAUGCCCAGAGUCUGAGGUUGCAGUGAGCUACACCACCAUUGCUCUCUGCUCAGGGCAUAGGAUAGAACUCUGUCAACAACAACAAAAAAAGGCGGCGCCUGUGGGUCAAAGGGGUGGGGUGCUGGCCCCAUGUGCCAGAGGUGGCCCAUUCAAACCCAGCCCUGGCCAAAAAUUGCAAAAAAAAACAAAAAAUAAACUUUAUCAUUUGUAAGCCUUAUUUUCUUUAAUGAAUUGAAAUACUCUUUAACUUUAAAGUCAACCCUGUAGAAACUUCAGAUUUUUGUCUCUUAUGCUUUUUAUGCUAUAUCCUAGGUAGAGUGUCAUGGGAUAGGAGAUUAAGGAUCAUCUUUCAGGGCAAGGAUCUUCUAACUUAAACCACUGGAAUUGAAGCAUGGUCUGGGCUGACUGCUAGUGACCUGAGUUUUAAUAUGUUUGAAAGGAAAUGCCAUUUUAUUUCUAAAAUUAUAUUUCCCCCCUACUUCUAGUUGUUAGGAAGAGAUCUUUGAAGAGUUCUUAAAUGGGAUCAAAGGUAGUAUUUAUUAUUACACAGUUUUAAACCAUCCUUGAAUAGAAUGACUCACCUAAGAUGGUACUUCUGCUAAGUGGUUCAACCAGAAUUGAAAUCAGCUCUCCUAAGAAUUGUUUGUUCUGUUUGCUUAAUUUGUAUGUAUGUAGGUACAUUGAGAGUUAAUUCAUUUAUGUUUACUAUGUGUGUUUUAGAUUAGAAAAUAUUUUAUCAUGUAUGUAUUUUUAGAUUUGAUCUGUACUUUGAGAAAAAAGACUCAGUAGUGGCUGGGCAAGGUGGCUGAUGCUUGUAAUCCUAGCACUCUGGGAGGCUGAGGCAAGAGGAUCCACGAGCCCAGGAGUCUAAGACCAGCCUGAGCAAGAAGAGACCCCAUCUCUAUUAAGAACAGAAAAAAUUGGGCGGCACCUGUGGCUCAGUUGGUAGGGCACCAGCCCCAUAUACUGAGGGUGGCGGGUUCGAACUCAGCCCUGGCCAAACUGCAACAACAAAAAUAGCCGGGUGUUGUGGUGGGCGCCUGUAGUCCCAGCUACUCGGGAGGCUGAGGCAAGAGAAUUGCCUAAGCCCCGGAAUUGGAGGUUGCUGUGAGCUGUGAUGGCACAGCACUCUACCCAGGGGGAUAAAGUGAGACUCUGUCUCUUAAAAAAAAAAGAAAACAUUAGCUGGGCAUUGUGGCAGGUGCCUGUAAUCACAGCUACUCCUGAAACUGAGAUAGGAGGAUCCCUUGAACCCAGGAAUUUGAGGUUGCUGUGAGCUGGGCUGAUGCCAUGGCACUCUCUAGCCUGGGCAACUGAGUGAGACUGUCUUUAAAAAAAAAAAAGGACCCAAUAGUAUCUGUAAAUUCCUAAGUGACUAAAUAUUGCUAAAUGAAAUUGCAAGAUUUAUUUAAAACUGAGCAUCAUUAGUGGAUGUUUUAUUUUUUGAGACAGAAUCUCACUCUUCCACCCUGAGCAGAGUGCCAAGCAUAGUUUACAGAAACCUCAAGCUCUUGGGUUCAAGUGAUUGUCUUGCCUCAGUUUUUCUAUUUUUGGUAGAGGUAGGGUCUCGCUCUUGGCUCAGGCUGGCCUCGAACUUGCUGAGCUCAAGCAAUCCACUUGUCUUGGCCUCCCAGAGUGAUAGGAUUAUAGGUGUGAACCACCUAUUUAUUCCCAGCUUAUUUAGUAGACUUUUAAACUUUAAUUUAAAAAUAUUUAAAACUUUAGUUUGAAAAUGCAUGAGUUCAGGCCGGGCCCCUAUAACUCAGUGCUUAGGGCUCUGGCCACAUGCUCCAGGGCUAAUGGGUUUGAUCCUGGCCCGGGCCUGCUAAACAAACAAAAUAGCUGGGUGUUGUUGGGGGCACCUAUAGUCCCAGCUACUAGGAAGGCUGAGGCAAGAGAAUUGCUUGAGUCCCAAGAUAUUGAGGUUGCUGUGAGCUAUGUCGCCAUGGCACUCUACCAAGGAUGACAAAGUAAGACUCUGUCUCAAUUUUUAAAAAAAUUCAUGAGUUUAAAUUACUUUCCGUCUAGGGCAGCGCCUGUGGCUCAAGGAGUAGGGCGCCGGUCCUAUAUGCCGGAGGUGGCGGGUUCAAACCUAGCCCCAGCCAAAAACCAAAAAAAAAAAAAAAAUACAUUAAAUUACUUUCUGUCUAGAUUUGGGAGGACGAGAUGUGAUAUUCAUUAAUCUUACAACCCCCCACUUGUUAAGUCAUGUUGUCUAUUAGUUUUCAUUUCUUGUAUAGUAAUAACAUGUUUUUGUAUCUUAAAUUAUUAACUAAUACUAAUUUAGAUUUAUUAAAUAAAUCCAGAUUUAUAAAAUCCUUACACUUUUACAAUGGAUAUAUUGCAUUGUCAGAUAUAGGCAGAAGUUGAGUGAGUUGGAUUUUAGGAUUCUAUUUCCCAUUAGUUGAAUAAUGGGAGGACUAAGUUCUGCCAACUCAGAUUUUG